AUGCGACCUCAUCAAAGAGAUAGGCUUAAAGGUAACGCCCAACGACUGGCAAAUGUGCUGGCAAAGGAUGCCUUCCAGAAUGCACUUCAGACUACUAACCAGAUCGAGCCGUUCAUAUCACUGGCCCAGUGCCACAUUGCAGAAGCAGAUUAUAAAUCAGCCAUUUUUGUGCUCAGAAGGGCUACCGAAUUAUCACCCAAUGAUCCGCAACUAACUAUCAAACUGGGAAUUCUUCUCAUAAAUCAUGGUAUGGCUGCCAAAGGUGUCGAGAAAAUCCUUCAGAUACAGAACCAGACCAAUCCGGCCGAUCUUGCAGUUGCGCUGGCAAUUGGUUCGGUAUUGCAAGACAUCAAAAUGGACAUCGAUUCGGCACUUUAUCGCUAUAAGGGAACCAAUGUGUUUGAGAGUCCGUCCCUUUGGAAUAAUAUAGGUCUGUGUUUUGUUCUCAAGAAGAAGUUUGUGGCCGCCGUGUCCUGUCUUAAGAGAGCCCUGUAUUUGAAUCCCAUUGAUUGGCGCAUAAACUUCAAUCUGGGACUCAUUAAUCUACAACUACGACAAUAUGCCAGUGCUUUUCAUUAUUUGAAGAAUGCUGUGGCCAACAGUGGUUCCACUAAUCUUAAUAUAUUGUCACUGUUGGGCAUUUGUUUAGAGUGUUUGGAGGACAAACAAAAUGCACGACAGGCUCACCUAACAGCAGCCAAGUCGACCAACGGUACGUGGAAUGCCGUUCCGGUUCUCAAUUAUGCCGUUUUUCUAUACAAUGAGGACAGCCAUGAAAAUAGAGACACAAUAAUUGAGCUGUUAAUGGAGUUCGAGCAGUGCUGGCUUAAGAGAUCACAAAAUACUAUCGACUUUGAAGAUAAUGUCAUGAGAGUAGCCACUAGUCUGGCCACAGCACUCAGUGUAGCCAACCAUAUGGCAUGGGUUAAGGAGGCCACACAGGCUAACCGUAUUGAGGCCAAUACUGAAGUUAAUGUUACCGCUGCCGCUGUGACCAAUGAUGGCGAUUGA